GCGGAGGCAGAGGCGGAGGCGGCACCUAGGGGCUGGGGCAAGGGAGGCCGGGACCAUCGCAGUGACAAUUUAUUUUCCUGCAGCGGCGGCAAGCAGGGACGACUGCUGCAGGCUCGGGGCCGGCCGGCCUGCGCGUGGGUUUGCUAGGGUGCUGUUCGCCCCCUGCGCUGGGGUGUCCGACAGCGAGGAGUAGGAAGACGACGAGGAGAGCAACGCACGGAGCCCGAGCGAGCAGAGCCACCAAAGCUCCACCGGUCCGCAGAGGAGGAGGGGGAGGCGGCACGGCCGAGGCCAGCGAGCGGGCGCCUCCUCGCUGGCUGCCGGUAUCACCCCGCUGCAGUGCCUUCCAGCAAAAGCCACCGGGUCCCGGCUGCAGCGGCCAGACGGAUGCCAAGGCCACACGGCAGGCGCGGGGGCAGCCGCCGCAGUCGCCGUCCCACGCGGGCUCCAGACAUCAAGGGCUGCUGAUGAAGUGAUUGAGAAGAAACAGUGAACAUCUUCAUCUUUGUAGACAGAACAACAUGGAUCAGCCACUUACUGUGAAUUCUCUGAAAAAGUUAGCUGCUAUGCCUGACCAUACGGAUGUUUCCCUGAGCCCAGAAGAGCGAGUCCGUGCUCUAAGCAAGCUUGGUUGUAAUAUCACCAUCAGUGAAGACAUCACUCCACGACGCUACUUUAGAUCUGGAGUAGAAAUGGAGAGGAUGGCAUCUGUGUAUUUGGAAGAAGGAAACUUGGAAAAUGCCUUUGUUCUUUAUAAUAAAUUUAUUACCUUGUUUGUAGAAAAGCUUCCUAGCCAUCGAGAUUACCAGCAAUGUGCAGUACCCGAAAAGCAGGAUAUUAUGAAGAAACUGAAGGAGAUUGCAUUCCCAAGGACAGAUGAAUUGAAAAAGGACCUUUUAAAGAAAUAUAACGUAGAAUAUCAAGAAUAUUUGCAAAGCAAAAACAAAUAUAAAGCUGAAAUUCUCAAAAAACUGGAACAUCAGAGAUUGAUAGAGGCAGAAAGGAAGCGGAUUGCUCAGAUGCGCCAACAGCAGCUGGAAUCGGAGCAGUUUCUGUUUUUCGAAGAUCAACUGAAGAAGCAAGAAUUAGCCCGGAGUCAGAUGCGAAGCCAGGAGACCACAGCCGCGCUGUCGGAGCAGAUUGAUGGCAACGCUUUGUCCUGCUUUUCCCCGCACCAGAGCAAUUCCUUGCUGAAUGUAUUUGCAGAUCAACCUAAUAAAAGUGAUGCCACCAAUUACGCCAGCCACUCUCCUCCUGUGAACAGGGCCUUAACGCCAGCUGCGACCCUAAGUGCUGUUCAGAAUUUAGUGGUUGAAGGACUGCGAUGUGUAGUUUUACCAAAAGAUCUUUGCCACAAAUUUCUGCAGCUGGCAGACUCUAAUACAGUGAGAGGAAUAGAAACCUGUGGAAUCCUCUGUGGAAAACUGACACAUAAUGAAUUUACUAUUACCCACGUAAUCGUGCCAAAGCAGUCUGCGGGACCAGACUAUUGUGACAUGGAGAAUGUAGAAGAAUUAUUCAGUGUUCAGGAUCAACACGAUCUCCUCACUCUGGGAUGGAUCCAUACACAUCCCACCCAAACUGCAUUCUUAUCCAGCGUUGAUCUUCAUACUCACUGCUCCUAUCAGCUCAUGUUGCCAGAGGCCAUUGCCAUUGUUUGUUCUCCAAAGCAUAAAGACACUGGCAUCUUCCGGCUCACCAAUGCUGGCAUGCUGGAAGUUUCUGCGUGUAAAAAGAAGGGCUUUCACCCACACACCAAGGAGCCCAGGCCAUUCAGUAUAUGCAAACAUGUGUUGGUAAAAGACAUAAAAAUAAUUGUGUUGGAUCUGAGGUGAUAUGUUCCAAAUACAAGCACCAUCAACACCAGACACCUGCUCAUGGACAUGUGGUUGCCGGAUUUUCUUAAGAUGUUUCCAGAAAUGACUGAUAUUUUAUAUUUAUACAUUUUAGAUCAGAAAGUUUGAUAUUUAUUGCUGUUGCACAUUUUGAAGUUUUUUUUUGGAGGGGGAGGGGGGUGUGCUGUGUGUCAAGAGAGAUUACAUGGUGUUAAAUCAAUACCUAUUAAUGUAUCCAGAUACUAUGACCAGAUAAUAAAUUGUGCUGCAAA